AUGGCCGCCGACGUCGCUUCGAGCGGCUUUGCCGACCAUGCUAUACUCCUUGACUCCAUUCGCUCGUUGACUCUCGCGCAAGCAAAGGCGCUAAUCAAGGAUCUUAACAACGAGCCUGAGGCCACCUGCGGCCGUCUGAUCGUCUCGGGCAAUAAGCCAGACCUUCUUAACCGCCUUGCGAAGGCGCUCGGCGAUCGCAAGAGCCAAGGUGACAUCCGGGGAUAUCAGAGAUUCCGCACUCUGAUCUACAGAUACAAAAGUCCGCCCAUCGCACCACCCGCAUACAGGAACGGUGCGAGCUCAAGUGCAGGUACGUAUGGCGGGCUCAGUGCCCCUGGUGCGUACUCGGCACAUCCGCAAGUUUUAGGUGGAACGCCAGCCAACCGACCAUCAGGUCUUGCUUCCUCUUCGUACUCACCUAUAGCUCCCGUACCGUCAGUUGCUUCCACAUCCCGACCUGUGGGUGCGGCAGGCUCCGCGCGCAUCAACUUCCGUCCCUCACCAUUCUACGAGAUCAAGCAAUUCGUCUCCAGCGUUGUGCAGUGCCCCGAAGCACCUACGCAGGCCGAUCGCAAGAACGUGCCCAUCUUUGUCUCUCUCAAUGCGGAACAGGUCCAGCAACUCAGCACGCCAAAGUAUCAACUCAAACUCUUUUGCACUACGACGGAGGCCCACGCAGCAUCGCUCUCAGGACGCAAUCCAGCAACCAUCGAGUUCCCGCUGACCUGCGAAGCGCGGGUCAACAAUACCACGCUCUCCAUCAACCUCCGUGGCAGCAAGAAGCACAUCGGUCGAGUGCCACCGCCGAAUCUGAACAAGGACAACGCGCUCGUCCUACGGGAGGCACGACCGAACCGCAUCGACCUCACAUACACCAAUGCUCCCAAGAAAUAUGUGCUCGUCGCUGCGAUCUGCGAGGUCACGAGCGUGGAGACCCUUGUUGGGCGUCUGCGAUCCAAGCAGCUGCGGAGCAAGGAAGACGUGCUGUCCAGGAUGCGCAAGGAGGCCGAGGAUGACGACAUUCAGACGGGAGCGGCCACGAUGAGCCUCAAGUGCCCGCUCAGCUACAUGCGCAUCAACACACCGUGCCGCUCCAUUCACUGCUCGCACGUGGAGUGCUUUGACGCCGAAAGCUUCUUUUCGAUGAACGAGCAGUCACCAUCGUGGGCUUGUCCGAGCUGUCACAAGAUCAUCAAGCCGGAGGAGCUCUUGAUGGACGGCUACGUCGACGACAUUCUCAAGAAGGUGCCGCAGGACCAGGACUCUGUCAUCGUCGAGCCGGAUGGAUCUUGGAGGACCUUGGACGGGAAGAUCAGCUCGAACGGAGCGGCGAACGAGCAGCAGCCAUCUGCAGAAGGCACCCCGCUCGAGGAUCGAUUGCUCUGCCGCGAUUCGGAGGAUAUCAAGCCCGGCGCGGGCGCAGCAGGAAAGCAGAACGGGACGAAGAAGGCAUCUCCAGAGAUUGUCCUGCUGGACAGUCCUUCACCUCCUCCGACUGCAGGAUCAGCGCCCAACGGUCCAAUUCCCAGGUCAGCGCAGUCCGUUGGAUCAACCGGCGUCUCAAUCUCCGCACACGCAGGAGCUCGGCCAGCAGCGGCCGCAGCACCGCGACACGAAAGGAUCGAGCUCCUCAGCAGCAGCACCAGCACGAGUGCCCGCAACUCGCCUGCUGUAGGUGCGGGUGACGUAAUUGAUCUGACGCUGGACAGCGACGACGAGAGCGAGCCAUCGGUACCGACUCGUCCCGCGCAAAGUAACGGCGCACCAGCCCACGCGCCUCGCGGCGGCAAUCACCACCUCCAUGCAAAUGCAGGCGCAGCCAGCACGAGCAGCCGACCAGGAGGCUUCACGAGUUAUGCUUCGCCCUCCACGGCCACGCCUAGCCGUACGGGUCCCUUCGCAGCGGCUAUUGCACGCGUUGACGCGACGCCGGAGGACGAGCAGAUUCGACGACCUGGCAAACGGCCUCGAACCGAGGCGAUCCCGACUCCAAGCGACCCUCGACUCGUCAACGGCCAACGACCUGGACACUCAGCAGCUUCGGCUGAGAGACGGACAUCGCUGCCGGCAUCGUACCUCGACACAGGUGCAAACGGGAGCAGGCGCAAUGGCAACGAGGACGGUUCAGCAGGACAGGGCUCGACGAGGGGAGCAUACCGCGAUCAUGGUCGAGGGCCAAAUGGAGAGGACGAGUCCGGAGACGAUUCGUGGAUGGACAGAGCCAACAACACGGACCAGGACCAGUAUAUGAACGAGGACGAAUGGUGGCCUUGA